UAUAUAUAUACACUGUUUGUCUCUCUCUGGUCCCAUACUGUCUUUGUACUAUGUAAUUUGUGAUUUUGAGGACUAAAAUUCAUAAAUAAAAAAAAGACAUGUCACUGUGCAUUUUUUUCUACAACGAACACGACCCACCCUAGAAACCCUACCUAUCGCUAAUAAGCCAGUGGAUCUGCCUUAGAGGUCUGUUUGAGAAGGACCCCGAGUAAUGAAAAGCACGAUCACGCAUCAGAACUGCUCUCUGCUCUGGUGCGCUAUCCUGGUGCGGGUUGACCAGUUCAGCUGAAAAGGGCGGUUGAAGUUGCCGAGGCUGCAGUACCACUCCGGACCGCUUUUGGACUUGGCUGAGCUUUUUACUGAGACCAGUCUCAGUCUCGGUGGACAUGGAUCCAAAAGUGAGGAACAGCGCGGAGACCAAGCAGAGUGGCUCUGCAUUAGUGACUGCGGUGUCCUGCCAUGACAUUUUUGACCUGAGUGCCCACCAAACAGAUUACAACCCACUACCAAAAGGUGCAGCCUUCUCCUUCAUCAGUGCUGUGCAAGCAGUCAAUCAAAGACUUGUGAAGCAUAAUGAAAACGAGACGUUGCAGUUUGAGGUGAUCCUGCUUGGAAAGGACUGUGAAGAGCAAAUUAAAUCAAAGAUAUUUGACAGUGCAAAACAUUAUGGUUUAAAGAUUGGCAAAUUUUACUUUUGCUCCAGAGGGGAAUUUGUAAGGACACUGCAAGCAAACAGUGUAAAGUUGUUUCUGUCAACAGACAGAGAUGAUGUUUAUGGUGCCCUACAAGCAGGUGUUCCUGCUGCUUUGUUGUGCCAGCAGGCAGACCAGCAGGUCCAGGAUCAGCUGAAGGUGCUCUUCUCAGGAGAUCUCAUUGGCCUUUCAGAAGACUUCAUAGACUGUCUUAAAGAUUUUGGGUUCAGUGCUGUCCAGAUACAGAACUUUAAAGCAGCAAAGGGUUGCAUUCGAGAAUUUGCAGCACUGAUUGGUGAGAUGAGGAAAAGGUUUGGGUGUGAAGACAGCCCUCUCCAUACCAUCCUCAUCACAGUGUUGGGAUCCAGAGACGUCUGUGCCACGGCCCUAAAGACCCUCCGAGGCUGGGGCCUGGAUGUGGAUGAAGCCUUCUGCCUGGCUGGAGCCCCUCGCAACCCCAUCCUAACCACAAUACAACCCCACAUACUGUGGGAUGAUGGACUGCAUAAUAUGAAGGGUGUGUCACCUCUCAUGGGGAUGAGCAGUUAAGACACUCAGGUGAUGGAUUUGCCUUUUCAUUCAACCUUCUGGUGCUUUUUUAGGUUUGGUGUUACAGUGUGAAUAUCUGGUGUGAAAACAACUCUUGGAAUCAUGAAAUAUUACCUGUGGCUGGGUUAAUUUGAUUUUAAUGUUGAAAUACAGUGCAAUAAAACAAUAGAUUUAUAAACAAUA